UUUCAUCAUCAUCAUCAUCAUUCAAGUUAAUAUUAGUCAUCAGAAUUUUCCAAUUCGAAUUUUCUUCAUUUUAUCACUUCAAUCAUCAAUUUGUCAUUUACCUUUUCUUUCAAAUUGUCUGCCAGUGUGUGUGUGUGUGUGUGUGUGUGUGUGGGUUAACAAUUAUAUCUUACCGAUCUACAUCUUUAUCUGCCAUAAUUAUCAUUACAUCAUCAUUAUAUAAUAGCCAAACAAACCCUUUUUUUGUUGCUUAAUUUGUAGACUUUAAAUUUCCAGCCAAUUAUGUCAUUCUUCAACAAGGCAUUCAAACCUAAACGAAAAACUUUUAGUUUUCGAAUUCAACCGGAAUCUGCUUCACAAAUUUCGAUAACUCAUCCCGAAGGACGCGAAAUGGCCGAAUAUAAUUAUCCACGAAUUCAGAAACCUGCUCCCCAAUUCAAAGGUGCUGCCGUUGUUGGUGGCCAAUUCAAAGAAAUUAGCUUGUCAGAUUAUAAAGGCAAAUAUGUUGUGCUAUUUUUCUAUCCAAUGGAUUUUACUUUUGUAUGUCCAACGGAAAUUAUUGCAUUCAGUGAACGUGCCGAUGAAUUCCGUAAAAUGAACUGUGAAGUAAUCGCUUGUUCAACUGAUAGUAAAUUCUCUCAUUUGGCAUGGAUCAAUACACCACGUAAAGAAGGCGGACUUGGUGAAAUGAACAUCCCAUUGUUGGCUGAUAAAAAUGCUAAGAUUAGCCAGGAUUAUGGUGUUUAUCUUGAUGAUGGUGUACCAUUGCGUGGCCUAUUUAUCAUUGAUGAUAAACAAAUUUUACGUCAGAUCACUAUCAAUGAUUUGCCAGUUGGACGUAGCGUAGAUGAAACCAUUCGAUUGGUACAAGCUUUUCAAUACACUGAUGUACAUGGUGAAGUUUGUCCAGUUAAUUGGAAACCAGGUGCUGAUACUAUUAAACCGGCACCAGAUAAGAGUAAAGAAUAUUUCAGCAAAAAUAAUUGAAAUAUGGCCACAUCAAGUUUCACCGUCUUGAUGUUAAGAAUGAUGUGUUGUAAAUCGGUCCAAAUCAAUCCUAAAUCUACCAAUAAUGAUGAAAAACAUUAAAAAUGAUUAGAACAGAA